CGGCCCGCCUCACUGACCAGGCUCCUCGCCCCUUCGCCCAUCUCCUCGCCCCAAACCGUUUGCCAGCCAGCCCUGGCACAGCACCCAGUCCGCGCGGCGGGGCUCUCACUGGCCGGGCCCUGAUGGGCAGGUCGGCCCGCCCCCGCCGGUGCCCCGCCCGGAGACAUAAAGCCUGCCAGGCCGCUCCGGAGGCACCUGUGCCGUCGCCAUGAAGGGGAGCAGCACCCUCCUGCUGGCGGCCGCCACCCUGCUCUGCGCCUGCGGGCUGGCCGCAGGGGAGGACGACAACGAGUUCUUCAUGGACUUCCUGCAAACGCUGCUGGUGGGGGACCCAGAGGAGCUCUACUCGGGGCCCCUGAGCAAGUACGACGUCAACGCGGACUGCAGGGAGGCGCUGGCCGAGCUCAAGUCCUGCAUAGACGGCCUGCAGCCCGCGCACAAGGCGGAGCUGAUCAAGCUGCUGGUGGCUGUGCUGGGCUGAGGACGGCGCCUCGGGACCCGACGUGGCCACGAGCAGCCACAGGACCAGCUACACGAGCCGCCGUGGCCACGCCACCCACGGCCACUUCCCCAG